AUGCUGGCGAGUGCGAUGCUGCUAGCCUCUGGGCUCAUGCAACUUGCAACAACGUGGAUGCAGACACAAGCGCAGGUGAACAGUGCAGCCUGCGCGGCCGCGUCCCCGCCAACACCACCAUCUAGUAAUGUUUGGCUGGACAACACGCCCUACACAUGGCUCGACGAUGACUACCCCGCUGUGCUCCCACUAGACCUGGGCCCGCCCGUCGCGCUCACUACGGAGGACACGCGGCACUACGCACUCGACUCGGGCGACGCCGCGGCAGAGUACCGCGCUCUGCUGCCUGGGAACGAGCGGGGGUUCGUGCGCCUGGGCCCGGAGAAGCGCUUCUUCGGCCUCGCGAUGUUCCAUCAGUUGCACUGCUUGGACUCUCUGCGUGAGGCCGUCCUGCACCCACCCAUAAUAGCCAACGGAGCAGACGUGGGCGUGGUCAAACACCUGACGCACUGCUUGAAUUACAUGCGGGAGGGCAUCCUGUGCGCGGCAGAUGUUGCGCUCGAGGCGGAGCUCGUCCAGGGCUCACGGGAUGUCGGGUAUGGGAACGGCGUGACGCAUGUGUGUCGAGAUUGGGGUAAGGUGCAUGAGUUUGCGGAGAGGAAUUACGUGGCGUGGAAGAGGUUCGAGAAGGACAAUGCAACGGGAGGCGCCUGA